AGUUACCCUACCAGGGUCCACUAAUGUCUAGAGGUUGAAAGUAGAGGAACGAGGUUGGGAUAGUGUAAGAUAUUUGUCAAUAGUGGGGAAAAAAUGAAUCACUGACCUCGAUUCACGGGUGUACUUCUGAUCUCGAUGACAAUAGUAGUGAGAGAGCAGAUAUUGGUAGCGUACUACUCGACGCCAUGGGGGCGAGGUUUACAAUGAGUUGGUCUUCCCAUAGGUCUCCCUCGCUGCAAGGCUCCUGUGACAUGAAUAUGCAUGAGCGUUAAUAUUAAUCGUAGUAGCCAAUGAUCGUGCCUCAAUGAGCGUGUAUCUGAGCUCAGCCGAGGCGUAAUGCUGAACUGAUAGGCCUAUAAUUAGUGCGGCGAAUGUAACCAGGCCAAAACAGACGUGUGUUCUGUUGGUAUUAUUUGAAACGCUUGUCACGUCGGAUUUUUUUCGAACUGGAAAAGAAACGAAAACGGAAUCAAUUCUAUUGGAAAGUGGUGAGCUUGUCAUCAGGAUGCGGCGUCUUGCCUUGGCGUCACUUGUCACUUGCGUCUUUGUGACCCUUUGGGGCGUGGUUUCAGCCGAGAAGGUAUGCUACUUCAGCCAGGAGCCUGAUGCGAGACAGCCAGGCCGUCUUCGCUGGGUUAUGCCGGGGAGUAAGGAAGAUCGUUGCGCCUGUACCAAAACCAGACCAGGGCCCGUUAACGUGCAGCCAGUCCGCUGGUCUCAUCCACCGUUCUACACCGACACUCCAAUCUUUACCGACGACCAGGAGGACAUUCAUGACUACUUCGACUGUCAUGAUCCCUGCCAGCCAAACCCUUGUCGAUACAAUGCGAAAUGCGAGAAAGAUGGCGACUCUUUCAAGUGUGAUUGUGAACGUGACAUCAAGGGAGACCGCUGUGAUAAACCUCUAGAUUGCCUUGCCCUGUACCGUGCACGUAUCCGCGAGAGCGGUGUGUAUACCAUUUACCCAUCGCAGUAUCCGGAAGGCUUGCAGGUCUACUGUGAUGGCAAUAGAUGGAUCGUGUUUCAGAAGCGGUUUGAUGGGUCGGUGAAUUUCACUCGCAACUGGACCGAGUACCAGGACGGAUUUGGCGAACUCUCGGGAGAGUUCUGGCUUGGAAACGAGAAAGUCCGUCAACUAACUUCGAAAGGUCAAUGGGUACUUGACAUCGAGGCGGUGUAUGAUGGUACAUCCAAAUCAAAUCAGCAAAGAACGUGGCGGUGGCCAUUCCGCGUAGAGGGCGACAGCUAUAAAUUGGUGGUGGAAGGAUUCACUGAUGGUUGGCCUUUCCUUUCCAUCGACACCCCUCACGCGUUUUCGACGUAUGAUAGAGACAACGACGAUGUCAACGGAACCAACUGUGCUGAGGUCGAGGGAGGAGGAUGGUGGUUUGGCCAGUGUGAAUCUCCGCAGGAUUCUUGGGGCAAUCUGAAUGGAGAAUAUUCCCUUCUGGGUGACCCAGAUAAUACAGAUCAGGAAUACCGCGGUAUGAAAUGGAAUGUUACAGGGAACGUCAUAGUAGUGCGGAGCAGUCAAAUGAAGCUACGCAGUUUCACUCCACGUGAUUGUGAACGCUUGUAUGAUUUUGGUGUCAAGGGGAACGGCACCUACACCAUAUAUCCGGCGGGGAAAUACAAGAACAGAAUGAAGGUUUACUGCGAUAUGGAUACAGAACCCAAAGGCUGGAUCGUGUUUCAGAAGCGGUUUGAUGGGUCGGUGAAUUUCACUCGCAACUGGACCGAGUACCAGGACGGAUUUGGCGAACUCUCGGGAGAGUUCUGGCUCGGGAACGAGAAAGUCCGUCAACUAACUUCGAAAGAUCAAUGGGUACUUGAGAUCGAGGUGGUGUAUGAUGAUCGAUUAAAAUCAAAUAAGAAUAUGACUUUCCGGUGGCCAUUCCGCGUAGAGGGCGACAGCUAUAAAUUGGUGGUUGAAGGAUUCACUGAUGAUUUGCCUUUUCUUUCCAUCGAGACCCCUCACGCGUUUUCGACGUAUGAUAGAGACAACGACGAUGUGAACGGAACCAACUGUGCUGAGGUCGAGGGAGGAGGAUGGUGGUUUGGCCAGUGUGGAUCUCCGCAGGAUUCUUGGGGCAAUUUUAAUGGAGAAUAUUCCCUUCUGGGUGACCCAGAUAAUUACACAGAUCGGGAAUACCGCGGUAUGAAAUGGAAUGGUACAGGGAACGUCAUAGUAGUGCGGAGCAGUCAAAUGAAGCUACGCCGUUUCACUCCUAGUGAUUGUCAACGCUUGUAUAAUGUUGGUGUCAAGGGCAGCGGCAUCUACACCAUAUAUCCGGCGGGGAAAUACAAGAACAGAAUGAAGGUUUACUGCGAUAUGGAUACAGAACCCAAUGGCUGGAUUGUGUUUCAGAAGCGGUUUGAUGGGUCAGUGAAUUUCACUCGCAACUGGACCGAGUACCGGGACGGAUUUGGCGACCUCUCGGGAGAGUUCUGGCUCGGGAACGAGAAACUCCGUCUACUCACUUCUACCCAUAGAUGGGCACUAAGGGUAGACCUGGUGGACGAUCAAGGAAAGACGGAACAAAUCAAUGUCAACAAAUUCAGCGUCAAAGGCAAUGAUUACACUUUGGGCCGAGAUUCACCGGCUUCUGAUUUCCCUCAAUUCAAUCAACAUAAAUUCUCAACGUACGACAAUGACCAGGAUGAUGAGGAGCCGUAUAACUGUGCAGAUCGGCAGGGAGGGGGGUGGUGGUUCGGAGCGUGUAGUGACGAUAUUUCGUACAGCCUGAAUGGGAAAUAUCACGAUGGGGGUUUGAAAUGGACUGGAUGGGCAGAGCAUGUAAUAGUCAAGUCAAUAGUCAAGUGUGAAAUGAAGCUGCGUCGUUACUAA